AAGUUAUAGACGAUAAAUUCAAAUCUCCAGAAAUUAUCGAGGAAUCUGUAAAAAAUGAGCUCGAGAUAUCUCCCGUUUUACCUGUAAGCAACGAAUCCAAGUCCAACAAUAAGACACCUCCCCAGCAGAUAUCAUACCCACCGGGAUAUCAAACCAGGGAGCAACGGGAAAAGUGCUUCAGAGAAACUGCGAUUAAAUACGGCGAGGACCCAGAUAA